AUGUCUACUGCCACGACUUCUCUCUCCGACACCCUUCCAUCCUCCGUACCCAAGCUCGAUGCGAGCGGCUUGAAUUGGGCAAUAUUUGCCGUCCAAUUCCAAGAUGCUGUCGAGGCUAAAGGCUUCUGGGGUCACUUCAUUGGUACCGACCCUCGCCCUGUUCCUGUGGCCACUCCUACCCCUGCCCCUACCCCCGCUACUGUUACUGCCGGUGCCGUGACCGUGGCUGUUGUGGGCGCUGCCCCUCCAACCAUUGGUGCGACAGCGACUCCUACUGUGGCUGAGAUAGCUGCUAUGGAGAAGUGGGACAAGGACGAGCGUGCGGCGAAGUCUUUACUCACCCAGAGGAUUCCCGAUUCGACGUGGAUGUGUAUCCACUUGAAGAAGACCGUCUUCGAGAGGUGGUCCACCAUCGUCAGCAAGUAUACGGAGAAGGGCGCUUAUGCGCAAACUGAGAUGCAUAUGAAGUUCUUGGGGUCGAAGUGCCCCAACAAGGGCAAUGUGCAUGAGUUCCUGGAUUCCUUGGCCACCAAGAGGGAACAGCCUGCUUUGGUUGGUGUUGACAUUGAUGAGAAAGACUAUCGCUCACCCAUCCUGCAGUCCCUUCCUAUCCCACUCUCAAACUUCGCAUCGGCACAGCUUGCUGCUGCCCGAAUGUUCUCCCCAACUGGUACCAUUGCUCCUGACACCCUCAUUCAGCUUAUCGGCAAGGAGUAUGACCGCCAGAAGUCCCAACGUUCUGGGCACUCAGGAAAGGCGAGGGAGGAUGACCGCGAUGAGGUGAUGGCAGUCUCAUCAAACACUUUGAACAACACAGGUGGUGGACAGGCUGCGAAUGGUGGAGGUGGCUCAAGCAGGGGGUGCUGGAAGUGUGGCAACCUUGGUCACCGCAAAAGUCAGUGCCCGAAAAUGAGGAAGAUUGUCGACAAGUUGACUCAGAAGGCAGCUUCUUCAAAGGCAGGUGGGUCUGUGAAUGUGGUUGAGGUUGAGGAGGGGGACAGCGAUGGUGUUUUUGCGGUCAUGGUCGAGUCUGAUGAUGAAAUGUCAGUGCAUGGUUCAAUGCCAGGGCUCCAGUCAAAUACCAACAUGGUGAUGGGGAGCAACGAUUAUUCCGACGCCGACAGCAACUCCCUUCCGGUGCCUCACCAGUCUGAUGCGCUGAUGGACAGUGACUGGUUCUCAGAUGUCGGAAGUGAUGCUGGAGACUAUGACGACCCAUUCUGGAGCUCUGAGGAUGGAUCCGACGAGGAGGAGGAGAGGUUGAUGGCUGAGUUCUACGCCAUCAUCAACACCGUCAAGGAGAAAUUUGACGUUGAGAAUGCCUUCCUUGAAACCCCUCACGUCGAGAUCUACGACUCGGCUUCAACUCGCCACAUCUCCCCUUACCACAAGGACUUCGUCAACCUCAUGGAAAUCCCACCACAAACACUUUGCGCUGCCAACAAAAACAACUUCAGUGCUACUGGGGUUGGCAAGCUCAUCAUCGACAUACCUAGCGGUGUCAACAUGAAGCAGCUCCACCUCACAGAGGUGCUCUACUCUCCCGAAGUUGGCUAUACGCUUGUCUCCAUUGGGCGGCUUGAUGAGAAGGGGUUCUCCACAACGUUUGCACAUGGGAAGUGUGUUAUUCGAGGACCAAAGGGUGAAGAGGUUGGCGAGGUGGCAAAGAAUGAGAAGGGCUUGUACUGUGUUGAGCACAACGACGACACGGUCAAUUCAGCGAUCGAGACAAUCACUUUGGACCAGUUCCACCGUCGCAUGGGCCACAUAUCGCCUGAGGUUGCUCGUCGACUUGUAUCCAACAAGUUUGUGACAGGUGUUCGUCUCACAACAAUGUCGACGUCUGGUGAUCCUUUCUUCUGCAAAUUGUGCGUUUAUGCCAAGGCAACGAGGAAGUCGGUGCCGAAAGAGAGAGCUGGGGAGAGGGCAAGCGAGUUUGGUGGUGAGGUUCAUUCGGAUCUCUGGGGACCAGCGCCUGUUUCUACACAGGGCGGUCGGCGCUACUACGUCACCUUCAUUGAUGACAAGACGCAACUCACUCACCUCUACCUCAUGCGCAAUAAGUCUGACACUUUUGCCAAGUACAGGGAGUACGAGGCGUGGUGUGAUGCACAGCUAGGUGCUCGAGUCAAGGUUUUGCACUCGGAUCGAGGGGGAGAGUACACCGGGAAGGAGUUUGUUGUCCAUCUCAAGGCUCGCAGCAUGGCGAGGAAGCAAACCGUCCAUGAUACCCCUGCCCAAAAUGGUGUUGCGGAACGUCGUAAUCGCAUCAUCAUGGAGCGCGUUCGAGCGCUAUUACACAGUUCUGGUCUGCCAAAGUUUCUUUGGGGCGAGGCUGCUCGCCAUGUCGUUUGGUUGUUAAAUCGGACGUCGACGAAGGCGGUGGAUGGCAAAACCCCCUACGAGGCAGCUUUUGGGAAGAAGCCUGACCUCUGCGAGGUAUGUGAGUGGGGCGAGAAGGUGUGGGUGCACAUCGAGGGAGGGAACAAGUUGGGUGGGCAGGUGCGAGAGGGGCGUUGGAUGGGUUUGGAUGAGAAGUCGAAGGGUGUGAGGGUUUAUUGGCCUGACAAGAGGACCGUGACGGUGGAGCGAAAUGUCUAUUUUGACAAGACAGCCUCAUCAGUCAGCCGUCUCGAGGGGGAGGACUGGGAAUUCAUCGAAACGACGCCUGAUUCGACACCGGAUGGACUUACCAGCACCCCAUCUGUCAAUACACAAGCUUCUACAUCCGCACCAACUCCUCUCGAGACACCUGCAACCACUAUCCCUGCUCCCACAGACCCCAUGGACUCAAACACGUCAAAUUCUAGCAACCAUGAGACGCCCUCGGAGCCCGAAACUUGGUCGAAACGCACUCGGAAGCCUACACAACGUCUCUGUGACAUCCUCGAGGGACGUGCCGUCUCGUCCAAUCGUCCUGGGGCACCAAAGGUUACACCUGGGGUGCAGCUCCCUUCGGAGAUCCUCUACGCUCUUUAUAGCGAGGCUGGUUUUGAGGGGGAGAACGAGGAUGGGUGGGUGAUGGUGGCAGACUUCAUUGAUGAGUAUGCAAUGGCGGCAGAAAUCACUGCAGGUACAUGGGAACUUGUCGACGCACCUCCUGGAGCCAAUAUCAUUGGUUCAAAGUGGGUUUUUCGGGCAAAGAAGGAUGCCGCUGGCAACGUGGUGCGCUACAAGGCUCGUCUCGUCGCGCAAGGUUUCUCCCAAGUCCCAGGGAUCAAUUACUUCAACACAUUUGCACCGGUCGCACGCCUUGCUUCUAUUCGGGCUGUUCUCGCGAUGGUGGCUGUCCAUGACUACGAAAUCCAUCAAGUUGAUGUCAAAGGUGCUUACCUAAAUGGCAUUCUCACCGCCGACGAGGUUAUUUUUAUGCACCAACCCCCCGGAUAUAGGAUUUCUGACAGCGCGGGAAAGGUGUGUCGUCUUCUCAAGACACUGUAUGGACUGAAGCAGUCAGGGAGGCGAUGGUAUCAGAGGUUGGUGGAGAUCAUGGUGCUGCUCGGUUUUGAGCAGUGCGCGGUCGACCAGGCAGUUUUCUUUAAGCGCCGCGGCGAGGCGCUUGUGAUCAUGCUUGUGCAUGUUGACGACUGCACAAUUGUGGCCACUGCACUGCCACUGAUCAAAGCCUUUAAGGCCGAGGUCGCCAAGCACGUUGAAAUCACCGAUUUGGGCGAACUCCACUGGAUCCUCGGCAUCGAGGUUCGGCGCGAUCACGAACGCCAUAUUAUCUUCCUUUCCCAACGCUCGUACAUCGACUCGAUCAUUCGCCAGUACAACCUUCAAGACCUCAAGCCUCUUUCCAUUCCCAUGGACCCCAAUGUUCGCCUUUCGAGCGCUCAGUCUCCCUCUACCACUGUCAAGAUCGCGAAGAUGGCAAAUAUCCCAUACCACGAGGCCGUUGGUUCUCUCAUGUACGCCUCGCUCGAGCACUGGGAGGCCGUCAAGCGGAUUUUUCGCUACCUGAGUGGUACGAAGGAGUUGUGGUUGAGUUUUGGUGGGGACAUGAAGGGGCUGGUUGGAUUUGCGGAUGCGGAUGGGAGUAUGGCAGAGGAUCAUCACAUGAUCUCGGGGUAUGCUUUUUUGCUUCACGGCGGUGCUGUUUCGUGGAGUGCUAAGCGCCAGGAGAUCAUCUCACUGUCCACCACGGAAUCUGAGUAUGUCGCAGCGACGCAGGCCACAAAGGAGGCUCUCUGGCUCCGCUCCUUGGUCUCGGAGCUUUUUGCCAUCGACCUCGACACGACCACUUUAUUUUCGGACAACCAAUCGGCCAUCGCGCUCACAAAAGACCAUCAGUAUCACGCCCGCACUAAACACAUCGACAUUCGGUUUCAUUUCAUUCGCUGGAUCGUCGAAAAGGGGUCCAUUCGACUCGUCUACUGUCCUACUGGCGAAAUGGUUGCGGAUACUCUCACCAAGGCCCUCCCUUCUGCAAAGGUGAAGCAUUUCGCUUCGGAGCUCGGACUCGUGCUCGUUUGA